UUCAAUGCUUUGUGCAAGUGCUGAAGCUUUUUGCAUACAUGUGGUUGCAUUAUUUAAAAAAAUAUUCUACAUAUUUUAUAGAUUGAGCUAUGCAGUUUAUGUUCUCCAAGCAUUAGAGAAAGAUAAUGUUGAUAAUCCUGCACUCAAAAUAAACAUAUUGUAUGAUGUUGCAUGUAUGUUGAUGAAACAUUUACAGAAUUUGGAGGAUCCGAUUGUUGAUAUUUUCAAUUUUCAAUUCCAAUUUUUCACUGCUAUGGUCAUGUUGGACGAUGCCAAUCCCCGUCGUAAAGAAGGAUUUGGCCUAACUGACGGUGAGAUGUUGGAGAGAUUGUGAGCUU